CACAAUUGACCUUUUUUGUUGACAGAGUAUUCAGUUCAAAGGAAUGAAGAAUUGAGACUCAUUUUGGUGAAUGAAUUCUGAUAUAUGGAAUAACAAUAAGCUGAAGAUUUGGCCUGCUUUGAAGAAACAAACACUCCAUUUGUCUAAUCCAUAGCAACAAAACCUAAACAAUGAAUUCAACAUUCUUCUCCCAAGUUGAAAAUCACUCUUUUCACUAUAACAACUCUUUGAAUUCUCCCCUUCUGGCUUUUGAGAAUGACGAUUGCCACCUGCCUUUGGCUGUGAUAUUUACUUUGGCUCUUGCCUAUGGAGCUGUGAUUAUUCUUGGGGUCUCUGGCAACCUGGCAUUGAUCAUAAUUAUCCUGAAACAGAAAGAGAUGAGAAAUGUCACCAAUAUACUGAUUGUGAACCUAUCCUUCUCAGACUUGCUGGUCGCCAUCAUGUGUCUCCCCUUCACAUUUGUGUACACGCUGAUGGACCACUGGGUCUUCGGUGAGACCAUGUGCAAACUGAAUCCUUUUGUACAAUGCGUCUCCAUCACAGUAUCCAUUUUCUCUCUGGUUCUCAUUGCUGUAGAGCGGCAUCAGCUAAUCAUCAACCCCCGGGGAUGGAGACCAAGUAACAGACAUGCUUACAUAGGCAUUGGUGUCAUUUGGGCCCUUGCUGUGGCUUCUUCUCUGCCCUUUCUGAUCUAUCAAGUUCUGACUGAUGAGCCCUUCCAAAAUGUAACACUUGCUGCCUUCAAGGACAAGUAUGUGUGUUUUGACAAAUUCCCAUCAGACUCCCACAGGCUGUCUUACACGACCCUCCUUCUGGUGCUGCAGUAUUUUGGCCCCCUCUGUUUCAUAUUUAUAUGCUAUUUCAAGAUAUAUAUUCGCUUGAAGAGGAGAAACAACAUGAUGGACAAGAUAAGAGAUAGUAAAUACAGGUCCAGUGAGACCAAACGAAUCAACGUCAUGCUGCUGUCCAUCGUAGUUGCCUUUGCAGUCUGCUGGUUGCCCCUUACCAUCUUCAACACUGUGUUCGACUGGAACCACCAGAUCAUUGCUACCUGCAACCACAAUCUGCUGUUCCUGCUCUGCCACCUCACUGCAAUGAUCUCAACCUGUGUCAACCCUAUCUUUUAUGGAUUCCUGAACAAAAAUUUCCAGAGAGACUUGCAGUUCUUCUUCAACUUUUGUGAUUUCCGGUCUCGAGAUGAUGACUACGAGACCAUAGCCAUGUCUACCAUGCACACAGAUGUGUCUAAGACUUCUUUGAAGCAGGCAAGUCCAGUCGCAUUUAAAAAAAUUAACAUGAAUGACAAUGAAAAAAUCUGAAGCUGCUCAGAAGAUAUGGUCCCAGACUACAUCUGUGGAAAAGCAAGCACAAUCUGCAGCAUGCUUUCGCUACCUGUGCUCCCAGGGAAUGGAGUGAAAUGGCUUCA